UUUUUGGUAUUUCCCAUCCCAUUUCUGGUAUUGCGUUUACGGUCACACUGGCGUCACCUUGGUUUUUUUGUGAAAUUAUCAAUAUUUUGUGAAAAAAUGGGAUCGUCGUCGACUGGAAAGAAACACAAAAAGGAUAAGAAGAGCAGGCAUCGGUCACGCUCCGAGGAAGAGGAAGAUGCAACCCUCGACCUCACCGACGACUCGGGGUCGACGCGCCACAGACACCACAAGCACAAAAAGCACAAGGACAAAGAUAAGGAGUCCCGGGAGGCGUAUGAGCACAGGGAGCACCGUGAGCACCGCCACAAACACCACAAGCACAAGGAGCGCGAGCGGCCAAGCGAGAUCAUCUCCUUGGAGGAAUCCGACUCGGACAGUUCGGACUGUGUGGAGGUGCCGGUGCAGGCUGAACAGACCAGGCUGAAGGAGUCAUCUCACCGCGACAGGGAACGGGAGCAACUGAAGGAACGGGAGCUGCUCAGAGAGCGGGAGAAGGAGCGCGACAGGGAGCGGGACCGGGAGCGGGAGGACCGCGAACGCGAGAAGGAGCGACUCCGGGAGCGCGAAAGGCAACUGGAGCGCGAACGGCUACAGGAGCGCGAAAGAGAUCGGGAACGUGAACGCGAACGGGAUCGCGAUCGAGAUCGGGAACGAGAACGUGACCGGGACCGGGAGAAGGAACGCAUCAAGGAGCGGGAAAAGGAACGUGAACGAGAGCGUGAUCGGGGAGAACCCACAGCUCCUCCUCCGCCCCAAAUCUCCAGGCAUGCCGACUACGAAUCCCGGCGAGAGCGAGAAAUCGAACGGGACCGCGAUGCCCGCAAACGGACAGGAAGGGAACGAGAACGGGAGCGUAACCGAGAACGCUCGCGAUCAAAGUCGCCGCAGUCAGCGGCUCGAAAGCCCUCAACCUCCUCUCGUUCCUUCUCGCCCAUACCCGAAAAUGGUGCUGGCGAUGUGCUGUCCAUCGAGGAGACCAACAAACUCCGCGCCAAGCUGGGUCUUAAGCCGCUGGAAGUGGACAGUGGUCCCAGCAAGGUGACCCCGUCCGCCGGAAGCAGCAGCAGUCAGCAGGAGGGUAAGAAAGCUUCCGGCGAAACAGCUGAUCUGUCCUCCUACAAGGACGAGUGGGGCGAGUUCCUGCACAAGCCGGCCGACAACCUGAAGGAGAAAAAGGAGGCAGAGAAAUUGCGGGAGAAGCUAAACCAGCGCAAGGAGAAGCGUUUCUUGGAGGAGCGUUUGGCUCGCAUCAAGACACUUGGGGAAUCCGAUGAGGAAACCGACAACGUAUCCAAGUGGGUGGACAGGAAUAAGCGGGUGGUCGAUGCACGGGAAGAGGCCAAGCGAAAGGCCAAAGAACUGGAGGAACUCGAUGAAGCCUUUGGAGUCACAGAGCUUCUCGAGCAGGAGAAACAAAAAGCUCGUCAACAGGCUUAUGGAGACAGGAAUUUGAAGGGCUUGCGGGUGGACCACGAUAUGGAUGACUUUGGCGAGGGACGAACGGUAAUCCUCACCCUGAAAGAUCAGGAUGUGCUCAACGAGGAGGAGGGCGACACUCUGGUCAAUGUCAACAUGCUCGACGAGGAGCGCUACAAGAAGAAUGUGGCCAACAAAAAGCAGAAUCCCCUCAGUUACGGCUACAACGUUUACGAGGAGCAGUACGAUGAGCUCGGCAAUCCCAUCGAGCGCUCGGUUCUGGAGAAGUACGAUGAUGAGAUCGAGGGACAGCCGAAGAAGCGCAAGAACUUUGUGAUUGGCGAGAAUGUGGAAGAGGAGAAGGAGCAUAGGCGUAAGCUGUUGGAGAUAAAAACUAAAUUGGCCGGGAAAAGAUUGGAGACCUUGGAGGACACCAACUUGCAGCUGGCAUCGGACACUUACAGCACUGAAGAGAUGGCCAAGUUUAAAAAGCCAAAGAAGAAGGUCAAGAAACUGCGCCAGAAACUGAAGGCCGAGGAUCUGGAGCCUUUGCCGGAGGCUGGAACUUCAGCGAACUUUGGCAGCCGCAAUGGGCGCUAUCGAGAUCCGGAAGACGCGGAGAUGGAAGAUGUCAAGCCAGAGAUCAAGCUAGAACUGGAGGACGAUGAUUUGGAAAGGGUUCUGUCAAAGGCCCGUAAACUGAAGCAAAAAGAGAAUAUUAUUAAGAAGCCGCUGCCCAUUGACAUCGAGUCCAUUCAGCGGGAAAUAAAGCCAGAGCCUGUGGAGGAAUCCAGUUCUGGGGUCGUCCUCACUGGGGUGGAUGGCAACAUUGUGUUGAAUGCCACGGCGGAGUUCUGCCGCACUCUCGGCGACAUUCCCACCUACGGCAUGGCGGGAAAUCGUAACGAAGACUCCAAUGACAUGAUGGACUUCGAGAAGACCGAGCAAUCGGAGGAGCACAUGGAGACGAAUGACGAGCCCUCUCAUAGUCAUGGCACUUGGAAUUCCGUAAAUCCCGAUGAGGUCAUGCAGCCCGCCGAUUUGGAUAAUCUGGGUGAGGACCUGGAGGACCGAGCCAUUCUGGACGAGGAGCCAGAUGUGGGCGCUGGUGUGGCUAACGCCUUGCGCCUGGCCCUGUCCAAGGGUUACCUGGAAAAGGAGGAAAAGAACAGGCCAAGCAAUACCAAAAUGGCCCAUUUGCAGGCUAAGAACUAUUCCAUCGAGGACAAGGCAGCUGGGGAGGACGACAAGGUCAACCGUCGCGAUCGCUUCCAUUCUGGGCCAAUUAUGGAGUUCAAGGACAAGGACGCCUUCAAGCCCAACGUCAAACUGGACUACAUCGACGAUAAUGGUCGCAUUUUGAAUCUGAAGGAGGCUUUCCGCUACUUGUCGCACAAGUUCCAUGGCAAGGGACCCGGCAAAAACAAGAUUGAGAAGCGCCUCAAGAAAAUGGAGCAGGAUGGGUUGAUGAAAACCAUGAGCUCCACCGACACCCCACUAGGCACUCUUACUAUGUUGCAGCAGAAGCAGAAGGAGACCAAGACCGCUUACGUUGUGCUGAGCGGAAGCAACAAGAAUGCGGCCGGCGUCAGUGGAUCUUCGAUAGCAAAAUUCAAGUAGAAAGGCAUUAAGAAAUUCGAUUUCAAUUAAACAGAUAACCAUAACCAAAUGCAAUAGUUACUUCCAAAAUCCGCAUACUAACUAAAUAACUAUGUCUAUAACUUCCCAGCCAGCAAACAGCCCAAAUAUGUAAUUCUUUCAUAUUUAUUCAAAUACACUUAUGGAUUUAUCUCAAAA